AUGGCCAAAUGCGAAUGUCUCCUCGGUUUGCGCCUGGUUGUAUUCAUGUUGGCCCACUCCCUUGUUUCCACGUGGAAUUGGAUUUGUUUAUACAAAGAGUUCCCAGUGGACGCUGAAAAGAUCAAGGGCGGCUGGUAUGUGUAUGCCACCAAUCCACAAAGAAUAAAAGUCUGCUACUUUAAAAAUCUUGAUCUCUACUGGACAAGGAUCACCAUGACGGACUAUGAUAAUUAUGCUGUGGAGCUACACUGUACCCUGCCCUGGAUGCGUCAUCAGAUGGCCAUUUAUACCCGAAUCGCGAAACCAAAUGAAAAGACUAUCAAAGAUAUAACGUCGUACCUUAAAACAGUGAAUCUGCAAAUCAAAAACUUCACCCUAAUCCGGCAGAAAAAGGACUGUCGAUCAAAAAAAGCUUCGGCUAUGCAGCGCUGGCACUUAUCCCGAUACCUUUACAUGGAUUAUAAUCCGGUUUAUGUCAAGCCCUUGGUGGAGAACGAAAACAUCUGAGCCCGUCUUUGUAUCGCAUCUCUCCUCUCCAACUGGCAACUUUCUUUACCCAGAAAUUUACAUAUGCCAAAAUUGGUACAAAUAUGCGAAUAUCCGACCAUCGAAUAUCUUAAAACAAAGAAGGAAAACUUUCAAGAAGACCGAAGCUGAGGUACUCUGUG